AAGUUGUGUACAAUCGGACUCGUGAACCUAUUCGUGCGUUACGCAUGUAUUACAACUCGGGGUUCUCCCCCCCCCCAAAAAAAAAUCCUUAAAAGUACAACCUCGGUGGAACAAAGCUGCUUUACCGCGGGGAGCCCCUCUUGGAUGGAAACGGCCUCUCUAGAAACCCAAGCAACUUUCCUUGACCCCGCCGGACCCGAGGGGAGAGGCUAGUGGUAACAGGCCGAGCUGGAUGGAUGGGUAUGGGGAGAGGGGCAGGACGUUCAGCCCUGGGAUUCUGGCCGACCCUCGCCUUCCUCCUCUGCAGCUUCCCCGCAGCCAUCUCCUCGUGCAAAAUCCUCAAGUGCAACUCUGAGUUCUGGAGCGCCACAUCAGGCAGCCACGCCCCGGCCACAGAAGAAGCGCCUGAGUUCUGUGCCGCGCUGCGCACCUACGCACUGUGCACACGGCGCACAGCGCGCACCUGCCGGGGUGACCUGGCCUACCACUCGGCGGUCCAUGGCAUCGAGGACCUCAUGAGCCAGCACAACUGCUCCAAGGAUGGCCCCACCUCACAGCCCCGCCUGCGCACGCUCCCUCCGGCCGGGGAUAGCCAGGAGCGCUCGGACAGUCCCGAGAUCUGCCACUACGAGAAGAGCUUCCACAAGCACACGGCCGCCCCCAACUACACGCACUGUGGGCUCUUCGGGGACCCGCACCUCAGGACUUUCACAGACCGCUUCCAGACCUGCAAGGUGCAGGGCGCGUGGCCGCUCAUCGACAAUAACUACUUGAACGUGCAGGUCACCAACACGCCCGUGCUGCCCGGCUCUGCCGCCACCGCCACCAGCAAGCUCACCAUCAUCUUCAAGAACUUCCAGGAGUGUGUGGACCAGAAAGUGUACCAGGCCGAGAUGGACGAGCUUCCAGCUGCCUUUGCCGAUGGCUCCAAGAACGGUGGGGACAAGCAUGGAGCCAACAGCCUGAGGAUCACAGAGAAGGUGUCAGGUCAGCACGUGGAGAUCCAAGCCAAGUACAUCGGCACCACCAUCGUGGUGCGCCAGGUGGGCCGCUACCUGACCUUCGCCGUCCGCAUGCCCGAGGAGGUGGUCAACGCCGUGGAGGACAGGGACAGCCAGGGCCUCUACCUGUGCCUACGAGGCUGCCCACUCAACCAGCAGAUCGACUUCCAGGCCGUCCGAUCCCAGGCCGAGGGCCCCGGUGCCCGAAGGCCGGCAGCCGCCAGCCCGGCCCCUGCAGCCCCUGAGACGUUCCCCUACGAGACAGCAGUGGCCAAGUGCAAGGAGAAGCUGCCCGUAGAGGACCUGUACUACCAGGCCUGCGUCUUCGACCUCCUCACCACAGGCGAUGUGAACUUCACGCUGGCCGCCUACUACGCCCUGGAGGACGUCAAGAUGCUGCAUUCCAACAAGGACAGGCUGCAUCUGUAUGAGAGGACUCGCGAGCUGCCUCGCGGGGUGGCGGCUGCAGCGCGGACCCCAGGCCCUGGGCCCCUCCUCAGCCUCCUCGUGCUCCUCACCCUGCUACCUGUGUUCUGCUAGGCAGUGCCACGGCCUCACAUGGGGAGGCCAAGACUCUGCCCCUGCACCCUUUAAGGGCUGGGGACCCGGUGUGGGUGCCCAGCAGAUGGCCUGUGGGUCUCUGCAGUGUUCUGCAGCAGAGGCGGCCACGGCCAGGUGGCAGAGUGGUCCGAGGGACAGUCCCCUCAGAACUGCCUCUGGCUGGGGCUCAGAGGCGUGGGCCACCAGGCUGUCUCUCUAGUGCACGUGACAAGGUUGUGGUGACUGGUGCUGUGGUGUUUGUGACAAUAGAGCCGUGUGAGAGGGAAAGCAGUUCCGCCCUGCCCUGCCCCAGCUGUGUGAAUGUGCAAAGUAGAGCCCCCCAGGCUGGAGCCCCCACCCCACCAGAGUGACACUGGGAAUGGUCCACAUCACCCCUUGCAGCCCCUCGCAAUGCACUGAAACAGGCCCAGUUGACCGCUGCACGCGCACACACACUCGCCCCGAGCACACUCGCACACACAAGCCCGCGGGACAGCUCGGGGCCAAGGCUCCACCCCAGGCGGGCAGGGCUCCCUCCUGGUAGGUAGGACACCCCACGGGGUGCUGCUUCACAACCUUGCCACCUUUCUUGUGGCCAGCAGGCUGUGCCUCCUGGCAUCUCUUGCCCACGAUGUAAGGGGACAGUGCCCUGUGCCUGCUGCUGCCCACAGAGCCCCGAGUGUAGAGGGCAUGCGUGUUAGCAUGGGCUUUGAGCAGGGCUGCCCCUGGACACAGUACCCUUGCCCACUGCCGAGGAGAGAUGAGUACUUGGUUCCAAGUGUCCACACCGAGAAGAGAUCCUUUGACUUCUGCAUCCGCUCCCAAGAGGCAGGGCAGCCUGGGCUGCAGGGCUUGGGCAGACCAGGGGACGGGGCCAGCUGGCCUGCCCUGUCCCCUGUUUGCUCUUCCCCUGCACUGUGCCAGGAGCCUCACCCUACCUGUGUCUGGGCACUAGGGCAGGAGCCGUUGGCAGGGUCUUCCCCUCUGGUCCCCACCCAGGAGCCCCAUGGUGACAGGAGACACCCUACCCCUAUCCACAGAGCCCGGCCCUGUGCGGCCGCCACUGCUGCAAUGGCCCCCAGGGACCAGAAUGGCUCCCAGCAUCUCCGCUCCCAUGGGUGCCCCGGGUCCAGCAGGUCGUUCCCCCACCCAUCCCCGCUCAUCGGCAUCUGCAGCAGCCCCUCUGCUGUCCCCAGGGACCUCUGAUACACUGGCCAGGAGACUGCAAACCUGCGUCUCCCGUCCCCCCCGAGGUCCUACUCAGCCAAAACCACACUGGGGGGGGGGGCUCGGCCCCACCCCUCCCUUGCCCGGCUGGGUUUUUGUUUUUUUGUUGUUUGUCUGUCUGUUUCUUUGUUUGUUUAGAUGAUCCCUAUGUUGGAAGUAAAAAGUUGAAGCACUUUAUUUUGGUUGUGUCUGAUCACAUUCUGCUUGGAAGUGGGGACUCCUCACCGCACCCUUGUAUCUGCGGCCAUGUAGAGUGUCACCGCUUGUACAUACUGUAAAUUAUUUAUUAAUGGCUAAAUGCAAGUAAAGUUUGGUUUUUUUUGUUUUGUUA